UCACAAUCAUAUUAGUUUAAUUAAGGUCUAAGUUGGCAGGUGCUGAAAUACAUGAUAAAGACCACCAAAGCCUAGUACAAAAUGCUCCCCAACAAAGGGGUCCAUCUCAUGUUACAUGAUCCACUUUUCAAGUUUCAACAAAAAAAUAAAAUAACUAAACUAAACCCCUAUUGCCUUUUGUUCAUGUCACCCUUUUACUUUACUUCUGUAUAAAUCAUUCUCAGCUCACUUCACUGUACAUCCAACCAACUUGAAUUGGAUCAUCUACUAAUCAAAAACCAGAAUUGGAUAAAAAUCCCAUGGAGAAUCACAUCAGAAAGGGCAGUGAUUCUGGUGACAAAUUCUCCUUUCCAAUCAGCCCUCCAAAUCAAGAUGAUCAAUUUGAAUUUGGGUGCAUCACAACACCAGGCUCACCAAAAUCCCCUGCAGAUCAUCUGUUUCUCAAUGGUAAACUUCUGCCUCAUUUUUUCCCAAGCCAACCUAUAAACUACAACAUUAUAAGCACUCUAUCGAGAUCGACGAGCCGAACCAGUAGCGUAUGCAGCAGAGACUCACUCCUUUCAUCUAGAAGUAACAGUUAUAACAGCAGCAGAAGCAGCAGUUGCAGCAGUGCAAGAACCAGUAUAAGUGAACAGAGCAACAUUAGGUCGUUUUCGCCGUCUGUCGACAGGAAGUUACUGAUAAAUCAUCAUCAGAAGGCAAAGUUGGCUGCCAUAAACAAAAACCCUGUUGGAAAAAACAACAAGCCGCCUGUUUUGAAUCCACAUUACUAUGGAUCAUCUCAGAGGUGGCAAUUCAUCGCGCCGGCGCCGGCUUCUUUGAAACAACAACAACAACAACAAAAACAACGCCAGAGUUCGGUCUCAUCACGUGCAAGAAACAAGUCUAAUCGAAGUUUGGCAAGAGAUAAUAAAGAGUUGAAGACAAAGAGGAAAGAAAGUAAAGAUACUAGGAAGGCAAGAACAUGGUUUGGCAUCAGAAUUAUCAGAGCAUUGGUGUAUGCAUGCAAAGAAUGUCAUGCCAUAGAACCUUCUUCAAGAAAGCGUCUGGACAAGAAUUAGGAACACCAUAAAUUCUGGGAACUUUUGAUUCAACGUUCUGUUUUUCUUUAGUUCUGGUAACAUUUCCCCUGUUUUCUUUUUUUUGGCAACUUUGACUGGAUAUUACUGGUUGUAGAGUUGAAAUAUUGUCUCCGAGGAAAGGAUUAUAUCAUCAUUUGUAAUUUGUAAAAACAUUAUAAAAUUGCUGCGGAUUGGCUUGUGAUUUGCUUAUUAUUGAUAGUGUGAUGAAGCUUUAUUGAAAAGAAAAGCAAGU